AUGUCCUCAAGUGACCGAAAAAGAAAGUCCGAAGACCAAAAUGACAAUUAUCCUGGACCCGACAAAAAGGCUGUCCCUGAAGAGGAUGUGAAUAUGGCGAUGGAUAAUACGCAAGAAGAUGAGGAGGCGGUACCAGUGCCAAAUAAGGUAAGUUAAUAUAACAAAUUGAUUUUUUGGAAGGGACUUUUUAAAACAAAGAAAAGAAGCGAGUAAUACUGUAUAUUUUUUGACCGCGGGGACUAGUUUUUCAUGAUUUUCUAGGCCGUGGUGGAAAUUUUGAGUGGGAAAUUGGAUUUCUAGGUAAUUUUUGAUCGGAAGGCCAAUUUUCUACUCAAAACGGCCUAGAAAAUCAUCAAGGACUAGUCCCUGUGGUCGAAAUGGCCUAGAAGUUCAAUUUUCUAGUUAAAAACUCGGCCACGGCCUAGAAAAUCAUGAAGAACUAGUCCUUGCGAUCAAAAAUGACCUAGAAAUCCAAUUUUCCACUCGAAUACUCGGCCACGACCUAGAAAAUCAUGAAAAACUAGUCCUUGCGAUCAAAAAUGACCUAGAAAUCCAAUUUUCCACUCGAAUACUCGGCCGCGACCUAGAAAAUCAUGAAAAACUAGUCCUUGCGAUCAAAAAUGACCUAGAAAUUCAAUUUUUGGUUAAAAAUUCGACUUGGCCUAGAAAAUCCUGAAAAAUUGGAUUUCUAGCCAAAACAUUUCUGAAUUUGUAAAACUACCAUGAAAUUUGACUGAAAACCUAGAAAAUAUGGAAUUUUCAAUGAGAAAAAAAGGAAAAUUGUUAAAGAAUCCUUGAAAAUAUAAAAUGUUUGAUAAAAAUGAGAUAAAAAAAAAAAAAACUUGAGAAUUUGAGAAAAUAUAAGAAAUAUUCAAAAUAUUUCGAGUUUCCAAUGUGUUUGAGCUUCUAAAUUGUUUUUUUUAUAGAUCGUGACACAAAAUCCGCAAAUAUUCGAUCCGAGUUUGGAUGUGCCUUUCACAUUCAACUCGGAUCGAUCAGAAACGGAUUUAUCUCCCAUUGAACUGGUAGCUCCACCAUCUCUACCACCUCCCUCUCCACCUCCUCGAUCACCAAUAUCACCAAGACGCUCAAGAUCCGAGCCAACAACACCAUCGGAUGGAGAGCCGCUCUCGAAAAAGCUAAAGUUCCCACCAGACUUGUGUGAUAUUAGAGAUCGUUCGAAGAGGGAUUCCGCCGAAAUCCGCCAAGUUUUCAAAGAAAGCUUUCAAGAGGUCGUAGAUUUAUCAAAAGUGACUGAGAGAUCAGAGCGAUCGCAACAAACAUCGCCUGUUCUGACACUUUUGCCUGUUCAACGCGCUCAACUCGUGAAUAUUCCUCAACUGGCGCCUGAACAGACGAUUCGAGUUUUGCCAGCGAUUCAAUUUGUUGGAAGAAAUGUUGAUUUGGAAGUUGCACCUGUGGAAAGAGUCGAAUAUUUGGAUGUUGCUCAACGGAACACCGCGCAAAAUAUUCCGCUUGGUCAAAAUGUUGAAAAUGUUCAACUUCUCGCCGCUCAACCAACAAUCAAUGCGAGAGUUGCGGACAUCGUUGUGGCUGCUGUCCAAGUUGUUCAGUUCGCUCCACCACCUCCACCACAACGCGAAUUGGAUGAUUUGGACGAGGUUGUUGCUGGACCACCACCACCAGCAGCUCCUCUUGCGCCUCAACCAGCUCCACUUCCUCAACAACCACCACAAGUUGCCGCUGCUCUUCAACCACAACCACCACAAGUUGCCGCUCCACCUCCACCUCCACAAGUUGCUGCUCCGCCCCCACCUCCACCACCACCAUCUCCACCAACAUCAGGAAAUGACUGGGUGAAAGAAUGUGAAGACUGGCUGGCUAUUAUUCAGCGCUGCUUUGAUGCAGUCAUCCGCGGGCAGGUGACGAACCAAACCAUCGACGCAAUCCAAUCGUUGACGCGCUGUCGCUCGACAUUGCGAAGAUGGGUUCGUGCACAACCCGCGGAAUCGGACGAUAAGAUGGAUAAAAUGAUCCAAAGGAUAUCACGGGCGAAACAACUUGUACCGAAACUCAAGUAA